AAUCGGCGAAAUUAUAGCAUGCAUGAUCAAAAAACCUUCGUCCCCAGGAUACAGCCAAGUAGACUGGUUAAGAAGCAAACGGAAUAAAACUCGCACGACAACAGUUCCCAUACGUAUGGAACAAGUCAAACAACACAACCGGAAAGACGACGCGUGGUUGGUUCUUCGUGGGAAAGUGUACGACGUUACAGAAUAUAUUCCUUUUCAUCCAGGAGGAGAGGCUGAAAUUUGUCGUGCUAUUGGGAAAGAUGCAACAAAGUUAUUUCUUGCCAAACAUCCGUGGGUAAACGCGGAAUUUUUGCUAUCAGCUUGUCUUAUAGGUUAUCUUUCAGAGGAUUGUAGGGAAGGAGUAUAGUUUCCAGUUGGAAAGCUCCUGUUAGGAUUCUCAAAAUUGUUUUUUAGCUACAAAAUGUUGGAAAUAAUUGAAGUCACUAGAGAUAAUUAGUAGUACCUUUAAAAGCCACUGUUUUCUAACACAAACAACU